UUUGGUUCAGGACUCAAAAAAAGAUCUGCUGCUUCUGUUCCAGUGCAAGUGAACGUGGUGACGCUGACCUCUGCUGCCCUGCGUAGAUCCAGCAACACCUCUUAUCCAACUUCUAAAAUUUGCUAAGGUUUCUCUUGAUUUGAACACACCACAGGAAACGUCAGUGGGCAGACAUGGGCUGCCGGGAUGUUCAUGCAGCAACAGUGCUGGCCUUCCUCAGCGGAACAGCCUCGGUGGCCGGACUCCUGGCGGCAGUUCUGCUUCCAAACUGGAGGCAAAUGAGACUGUACACGUUCAACAAGAACGAGAAGAAUGUGACCGUUUACACCGGACUCUGGAUUAAGUGUGCUCGCAUUGAUGGGAGCAGAGACUGCGUGAUAUAUGACCCACAGUGGUACACGGCCGUUGAUCAGCUGGAUUUGCGCGUUCUUCAGUUUGCCCUCCCGCUCAGUAUGUUUACUGCUGUCUCAGCUCUGUUUCUCUGCUUGAUUGGCAUGUGUAACACAGCCUUUGUGUCGAGUGUGCCAAACGUCAAGCUGGCAAAAUGCCUCGUAAAUAGCGCGGGCUGCCAUCUCGUGGCCGGCCUCUUGUUCCUGCUCGCAUGUGCAAUUUGUCUCACUCCGUCAAUCUGGGUCAUUUUUUAUAACAAUUAUCUGAACAGAAAAUACGAGCCUGUCUUUAGCUUUGACAUCUCUGUAUUUAUUGCCAUCGCCAGCGCCGGUGGUCUGUUUUUCACUUCCGUUUUGUUAUUUCUGUGGUAUUGUGCGUGUAAGAGCCUACCGUCUCCUUUCUGGCAGCCCCUCUACUCGCAUGCCCCCAGCAUGCACAGCUACGCCUCUCAGCCGUAUUCUGCACGCUCUCGCCUCUCUGCCAUAGAAAUCGACAUUCCUGUUGUGACGCAUACGUCCUAAAGAGAUGAAGUCCUGGAAGUCAAGCUCUUGUGCUCACUUGAACCAUGAAAAUUGCAGGCUUGGUUCUCUACUGCCUUGUACUGAGCGUAAUCAUUGCUCUGCACCCCGAGGUGCAGAGCAGUGGAGACCUGAGUUCAGCAAGUCUGCUGUUCUCAUGGGUUCCUUCCUGAACAACUUUUGCAGUUUGCUUUUGGAUUUAUUUUGUUUGCUUUUUCCUCUGAGCUCACUACAGACAAAAUUGCUGCUAAUGCUGGCACAGUACACUAACAGUGGUAUCCGUUCAUGCAAGUUGUCUUGCAUAUUUGUUCAGCCUUCCGUUUUUUGAGAUCAAAGCAGGCUUGAACCUCUUUGAUGAACAAUUUUUAGAGUCUGAUCCCCUUAGAAGAGCUGCAUAGGUGGACCCUUGCAGCCAUGCGUUAUCCAAAUGCAGGGAGUGGAACUGGUUUUAGGUGUUUCACUGAGCUUAUUGUAACAGAUCAAAAAAAUAACCUAGUAUAGUCCAAAGAGUAUUGUCAUUUAGGGGGAGCAAAGGUGAUUAAGAAACAGGUUAGCGAGUUUUCAUCUAGACACGUGUAUUUUAAGAUGUGAAGCCUCAAAAGUGAAUUUGGCAGAUGAGUUCAGUUCUAUAGCACUGCUUUUUGUUUUGUAAUGGGCACACAAAAAGCCAACUGCCUAUGAACCUCCGCAGUAGAGAUAGUGUCAAAAUACUUUUUAUUUUCAAAGUAGCUCUUGGAAGAAAUAAGCGAUUUAGCUAAUGAUGUUCUUCUGUACUGUAAUAACAUUUUGUGAAUCACUGGAGGCUAGAAAUGGUUUUGUGAAUUUUCUUUUCUAGUCUUUUUUAAUGAGUUAGUGAAUUCACUAGAUCUAUUUUGACAUUAAAACAAAGACCACUUGUAUUUUUGAAGAGUCUGUUGAAAAAAAUGUUUUAUUUGAAGGCUAUCCUUCAGAUCUGAACAAUGGAUUUGCAAGUCUAACAAGUUUAAAAUUAAUAAUGCUUUAAUGCUAAAGUGUUAUUUAGUUCUGGAGAGAAGUAUCAGUCACUACAGAAUGGAUUAGGAAAACCAUGAAGAAUUCUAAAGGCUAUGAAGGAUUGUGGGCAGUGUUCCAAAACAGUGUCUCUCUAGAAAGGGGAUUAUGACCCUAUGGAGAGAUUUUUAUUUUUUUUAAUGUAUAUAGAAAUAACAAUGACCUUGCUUAUUUUUCACCAUUGAUGUUUACAGAAGUUUUAUAGUCCGCAGUUGCUAUACUUUCAUGCUAUAGCUUAUUUAAUUACUGAUUAAAACUUUCACCUUACAGCUCUGUAAGUAUGAGGAAGGGUUAUAGAUUCCCAGCCUGGGAUGUCUAAAUCAUUUUUCUCUCCUCAUGUGCAGAGUAGGUCAGUCUUAGGGAUCAAAGCUUUUCAAUAGGGGCUUUAAAAUUACUUGGAUAGUUGAUGAUAGUGAAUUGAAUGCUAUUAUAAUUAAGACAAAUACUUGAUUUGCUCAGAUUUUGGCAGACUGAGAUUUUGGAUUUAAGAUGUCAUUCCAGUACAGAAAGUUAUUUUAAUUGGUGCCAUUCUCGAGCUUAGCGGAUAUUUGUAUUUCAUUAAUCCCAGAACAGAUUUGUUUUGCUGAAAGCAAAUAUGAGUCCUUUAACUCCAGUUCUGCAAACUCGUCCAAGGUCUUGAUAAUCAGAUCAUUUCAUUUUGCAUUAGAAAUGAGCAAAUGCUCUACUGGGCAAAUGUUGCCCUGUUACAAUGUGUGCAAUAACAAACACUACGUUAAGACGAAUCACUUUGUCCUAGCUGGCAGGCCUCAGACUCGCGUGGACGAAGUGAGCAAGCUGAUCUCUGUUCUGAGUUCCCAGCACGGUCAGUAGAGUGACAAGCCCUUCCAGAAGGGGACGCAGAGUGCUUGAUGAAAUUGCAGACUAGGGCAUUGAUGCCUAAAGAAAAAGAACAAGGAAUGGGUGAUAAAAGAGACAGGCCUCUGAAGUUGCAUGAAUUUAAUACCUUCUUAAAUUUUCAAGGUGUGAUGUUAGAUGAAGGAUCUUUUUUAAUCAGAUCAUGACUUGUAUCCACAUUUUUCUUCAGAAUUGAACUUUGCUUUACUGUUACUGUCUGUCUAACCACAGAUACUGUUGCUGCUUCAGCUGCCUGUGCCUGUAGAUGCUUUGUAAGGUCAAAGCACAGGGACCGCUGGUUUGUGACUUCACGUUGCCUUGCUUCCCCAACCCUCCAGUGUCUUGCCUUCUUUGUGCCUUGCUUAAGUUAUGAGUUGGCUAGCAAAUGUUAGUUUAUAGUCAGUGUCUGGUACACUCUUAGAGUCUGAAUUUACAACUCAUUUUGACCAUUUGGGAGGGAUGAUGAAGAAAUUCAUCUCUCAGUGACUUUAAAAGGAUCCGAAUUUUCAGUAUCUCCAGAGCAAGAAAGGCAGCCUGGCAAACUGAUGAUUUCUUCGGAGAGUAACUGCAGCCAGGGUUUUUUUCUUUAUGGUUUAAACAGGAGAUGUCUGUCACAACUGUUGCAUUCCCACUUUCAUUUUUAUGCAGUAAACUUUCAAUUAGUAGUUGCUGCUGCCUAUGCCGGUAACUUGUUGCUUUGAAAAUUGUUUCUUUUCAAAAGUCUGAGAUGGACUUGAGCUAUGAAAAGCGGGGAUCUGAAAGCUGGUGGAUUCUCAUGUAUGCUGUAGUGAAGGUAAUCGUCAUCAGAAAGACUGUGGCUCCAUGUUGUAUCAGCAAAGCACAGCCGAGUCUCUUUCAACAGUGCUGUUACUUACUGUGAGUUGCCUCUGGACCCAAAGUGGAAUUACCUGGAAGUGCUGUGCUGUAUUUCUCAUUGUUUACAGAAGGGGUGGCCAACCUGUGGCAAUAGGCCCCGGACCUGGAGAGAAAAACACACGUGUCCUGCCUGUAUCCAAGCCAGGGAGCAGCUGAUGUGCAGCAGCACCCCUGCCUCUGCCCAGCUGCUCCUGCCUGGGCACUCUGCUGGGUGCAAGGCAGACACUGUGGGUCUUAAACAGAAAGAUUUUAAUUUGUAGCUCAUGCAGGCAAAGGGUGGGUGCUGUGAGAUUAUGGGAACCUGUAUUUUUUUUCCAAGUAAUUCCUUUCCAACUUAAGUUGUGUUUAAUUACAGUGUGGGUUCUUUUUAUGUAAAACAGAAGAUAUGUAUUUUUAAUAAAACAUUCUCAUACAGAUGCA